GGAAACUUUGUGAGCCAGUUCUGAUAGGAUUCAACUACUGUAGCAUAUAAAAGGAGCAAGUUUAUUUAUUCCUCAGAACUUAACCUUACACGAUGAUACGAAAGAGUGUUACAGAGAGUUUUGGUACAGCCAUAUCAUCUUUGUGUACAGCCCAUCUUACUGAUGGAGUUAUCAGAAGAAGUAAGAGAAUGAUGCUGGACACUUUGGGGGUCGGAUUGCGUGGAAGCAGCACCCCGGUCUUUAAUGUGGCUUUCCAGUACAGUAAGAGAUACGAAGCACAACAGAAAAGCAGUGUGUGGGGAAGACCAGGGUCAUUCCUUCCACCUUAUUAUGCUGCAUUUGUCAAUGGGGUUGCGGUGCACUCAAUGGAUUUUGAUGACACCUGGCAUCCUGCGACUCACCCAUCUGGUGCUGUGCUGCCUGCUCUGUUUGCUUUAGCUGAGACUCUGCCUUUAAAACCUUCAGGCUUGGACCUACUUCUUGCUUUCAAUGUGGGACUUGAAGUUCAGGGGAGAUUGAUGAGGUUUUCAAAUGAGGCUCAUAACAUCCCCAAAAGGUUCCAUCCUCCUACAGUUGUUGGAGUUAUGGGCAGUGCAGCUGCCACAGCCAAACUGCUGGGUCUGUCGCCAUCACAGAUCACAGCAGCUCUUGCUAUCGCAUGCUCAUCUGCUGGUGCUCCAUUGGCAAAUGCUGCUACUCAGACCAAGCCGCUGCACUUGGGAAAUGCUGCAAGUAGGGGCCUGGAAGCAUCUCAGCUUGCUCUUCUUGGUCUAGAGGGCAACAAGCGCAUUCUGGAUAUGGAGUCAGGAUUUAGCAUCUUCUACCAGGAUUAUUUUCCACAUCAUUUGGCUGAGGUUUCUCCAACUAGCCAGUACAAGUGGCUACUGGAAGAACAGGAUAUUGCAUUUAAGCGCUUUCCUGCCCAUCUUGGAAUGCACUGGGUAGCUGAUGCAGCAGUAAAUGUGAGGAACAAAAUUCACGUCAGAGAGCCAAAUGCUGAUCUCAGUCAAAUUAAAAGGAUUGUGCUGAGAGUCCCUUCAUCCAGAUACAUAGACUGUCCACUCCCAGUGACAGAGCAUGAGGCUAGGCACUCGUACCAGUUCAAUUGCUGCAGUGCUCUGCUCGAUGGCGAGGUCACUGUAGACUCCUUCAGCAGUAACAUGAUGGAAAGGAAAGCCCUGAAAGACCUCCUCCUCAAGGUUCAUCUGGAAAAUCCAGAAGAUAAUCAGGCUAGUUUUGAAAAGAUGUACUCUGAAGUUGUGGUGGAGAUGGCAAACAGUGAAACACACAUAGCACGUUGCAAUACAUUUUAUGGUCACUGGAGAAAACCUCUCAGUCAGGAGCAUUUAAUAAGAAAAUUUAUGAAUAAUGCAUUGACUGUGCUGAGCACAGAUGCUGUAGAUAGUAUUGUGCAGCUUAUUGACAGCUUGGAGACAGUCACUGACUGUUCUCUCCUUUGGUCAUUCAUGCAGUUUCAUAAGCAAAUUUCACACUACCAUAAUAAAUGGCAUUCCUCAUCUGCUUGAAUGGUAUUAUAAUGAUAACUACAUAAAGUUUGAACUCAAAGAACCUCUGUAUUAUUAUGCCAUGACACCUAUGAGGAAAUAGCCUUACAACAUAGAAACUAGGAGAGAAAAGAAGAUUAUGAGUGCUGACUCACUAAGAAGCUAAAUUAUUUAAUGACGACUGACAACAGUGGAGUAUUUCAAUUCAGAGAGUCACAUGUAGUUUAAGAAAUUCUACUUCACAAUUAACAUGUGCAUUACUGUAGUGAGGCAAAAUUUUUCCUUUGAUGCUUUUUUAGAUCUAAUGAUCCUGUAGAUUUAGAUUUUCAGAGGUCUGUUUCAAGUGUGUAUUAAGUUUGAAAACAUCCUAAAUAAUCACACAUACAGUAAUGGCACAGGUAGUGACAAUCUCAUUUUUCUCAUCCGCAUGGACUUCAUUGUAAUUAUAAAAAGUCUUAUAAAAGUGUUUGUGGCUCAGCUGGGUGAUGGCUUCUGAAGUCCCUGGUGCA